AUGAUCACUUCAAACUUGGGGAUCAUUCAAAAAGAGUUGGUAAAAAAAAUUGGUGGCAUACCAUUGGUUGCACGAGUUUUGGGAAGGGCAGUAAAAUUUGAAGGAAAUGUUGAGAGAUGGGAGAAAAUGUUGAAAAAUGUGUUAAUAACUCCACUGCAAAAGGAAAAUUUUGUUUUAUCUAUAUUAAAAUUAAGUGUAGAUCGUCUACCAUCAUCUGCAUUGAAGCAAUGUUUUUCAUAUUGUUCAAUUUUUCCCAAGAAUUUUGUGUUUGAAAAACAAAAACUAGUUCAAAUGUGGAUGGCACAAGGUUUUCUUCGACCACAGGAAGGAAGAAAUGUGACAAUGGAAAAUGUAGGAGACAUAUACUUCAAGAUCUUGUUGUCGCACUGCUUAUUUGAAGGUGCUAAUGAAACAAGGACAGUAAAAUGUUAUAUGAUGCAUGAUCUUGUAUAUGAUAUUGCUAUGGCAAUUUCAAGGGAUCAAAAUUUGCAACUACAUCCUACAAAUAUAUUUGAGAAGGAACUUCAAAAUAAGGAGAUUCAAAAUGUUGCAGGUAAGUUACGCACGAUUGAUUUCAUUCAAAAGAUUCCUUACAAUGUAGAUCAUACACUUUUUUAUGUUGAGAUAAGGAACUUUGUUUGUCUGCGUGUUUUGAAGAUGUCUAGUUAUAAGUUAUCGAAGUCAAUUAAUCAAUUGAAACACUUGAGAUAUCUAGAAAUUUCAAGUUACUCAAUGAGAUUAAGAUCUCUAGAGUCUAUUGGUUCACUUCAUAAUUUGCAAACAUUGAAGUUAUUAGUCUCAAGUAUUGAAGAAUUUCCAACAAACUUUACAAAUUUGGUAAAUUUAAGACACUUGGAAGUCACUAUGAUUGAUUACAAGACGCCUUCACGUUUAAGUCAAUUGACUCAACUUCAAACGUUGUCUCAUUUUGCAAUCGGGUUUGAGAAAGGUUGUAAGAUUAGUGAAUUGGGUCCAUUGAAAAACUUGCAAGGUAGUUUGAGACUUUUUUGUUUGGAGAAAGUUGAAAGUAAAGAGGAAGCAAAUGGAGCAUAUUUGGUAGAUAAGGAGAAUUUAAAAAAGCUGUAGUUAAGUUGGAACAUGGAAAGAAAAAAUAACAACAGGUACAAUGAUUUGGAAGUGUUGGAAAGACUUCAACCAAACAAAAAUCUCCAAUCAUUAAUUAUCCACGGCUUUGCAGGAAGACGUUUGCCUAACAAUAUUUUUGUUGAGAAUUUAAGAGAGAUAUUUUUGUCUUAUUGUAAUAGUUGUGAAAAGCUUCCAAUGCUUGGACAAUUAAACAACCUAAAGAAACUUCAUAUUGUCGGCUUUCAUGGUGUCCAAAUUAUGGACAACGAGUUUUUUGGUAAUGAUUCAAACCAAAGAAGAUUCUUCCCAAAGCUUGAGAAAUUUUUAAUGCAGAAUAUGAUCAACUUAGAGCAAUGGGAAGAAGUAAUGACAAAUGAUGCAUGAUCUGAUGUUACAAUUUUUCCCAAUCUUAAAUGGUUGGAAAUAAUUAGUUGUCCCAAAUUAUUAAACAUUCCAAAAGUUUUUUAUGAGAAUAAUGUGCAACACCUUGAAGGAUUGGCUGUUUCAUACUGUAACAAAUUAAGAAAACUUCCAAAUGGACUACACUUUUGUAGUUCCAUCCGACAUGUGAAAAUAGACCAAUGUUCAAAUUUGACCAUAAAUAUGAGAAACAAGUCGGAAUUUUGUUAUUUUUAGGCAUUGGUCCG